AUGAAACAGUGUGCCGCACUUCUGGUGCUUGUUGCAGGAUUACCAACCCUGGUCCAUGCGGCCGGUGAUCCGAUAGAGCCAGUUAACAGAGGCGUUUACAGUUUCAACGAUUUUGCUGAUCGCUGGGCGAUCAGACCAACCGCGAAGGCUUACGACAAAGUCGUACCCGGCUUUUUGAAGUCGGGCAUCAGUAAUUUCUUUGAAAACCUGGGUACACCGGCGAUCGCGGUGAAUCAGUUGCUGCAGGGAAAACCGGUGCGCUCGCUGUCAGAUACAGGCAGGUUCCUGGUGAACACGACUUUGGGGGUGGGUGGCCUGAUUGACGUGGCGACCCACGCAGGUUUUGCAAAACAUGACGAAGAUUUUGGUCAGACGCUUGGCGUCUGGGGAGCCGAUUCGGGUAGUUUUCUGAUGUUGCCUUUCCUCGGCCCGUCCUCGGUGCGCGAUACCCUGGGUUUUGCGGUCGAUGGCCUGAUGAAUCCCAUUCGCUUCGUAAAACCCACAGAGUCUCGCGCAGCGGUUAUGGCUUUGUACGUCAUUGAUCUCAGGGCCGCUUUGUUGGGUGUUGAUCAGUUGGUUUCCGGGGAUGAGUAUUUGUUCCUGCGAGAUGCUUAUCUUCAAAGUCGGGCAUUUUCCGUCAGUGAUGGUGUCACAGAGGAAGAUCCGUUUGCCGAUGAUGGCUUUGAUGAUGAUGGUUUUGAUCUUGAGUAA